UCGUUGCACUGCACUUGGACGCACGUACAUACAUAAACAAGCAGGUAAAUCAUCACGUGUCUUCCUUCUACUUGCACUUCUUAGGUUUCACUCGCGAUUUUUCAUAUACUGUUUCCCCCAAUUUUCUUCUUCCUCCGCCACUUCUUUUUCAAAACCCUAAUCCUCUCUCUCUCUACAAUCAUCCAUGGACGCUCUCGAUUCAAAUCCUCCAAUCGAUCCACCUCCCCAAACCGACACCACAUCAGAUUACCCCAACCAAUCUCAAACCCUAACUCCCGAAAACGGCAUCAACGGAAACUCACCCGAAAACGGCCAAUCCGCCGCCGCCGAUAACAAUCCACUGCCACGUAUCGCGAAUCAAUUACUCUCCGAGAACGGUUUGACCGGCAACACCCGAAGCGGAACCGAUAAGGAUCAAUCAGGCGGCGAAGAAGAGACAACCAGCAAGCGCCGCCGUAGAAGUCGGUGGGAUCCACAGCCAGAUUCAAACGAUCAGACUAGCGGCGAAACUGGUGCUGGAACGAAGAAAAGGAAAUCACGCUGGGCAGACGAUGAGCCGAAACCGGUAAUUCAGCUUCCUGAUUUCAUGGGUGGGAUUGAAUUUGAUCCGGAAAUUCAGGCUUUGAAUAGUAGGUUACUUGAGAUUAGUAGAAUGUUGCAAUCUGGUUUGCCUUUGGAUGAUCGUCCUGAAGGGGCUAGAUCUCCUUCGCCGGAACCGAUAUAUGAUAAUAUGGGAAUUAGGAUUAAUACUAGAGAGUAUCGUGCGCGCGAGAGGUUACAGAAGGAGAGACAAGAGAUUAUAUCUCAGAUUAUUAAGAAAAAUCCUGCAUUUAAGCCGCCGGCAGAUUAUAGACCACCGAAGCUUCAGAAGAAGCUUUAUAUACCAAUGAAGGAGUACCCUGGUUAUAAUUUCAUCGGGCUUAUUAUUGGUCCUAGGGGGAAUACUCAGAAACGGAUGGAGAAAGAAACUGGUGCUAAGAUUGUGAUUCGAGGGAAAGGGUCUGUGAAAGAAGGGAGGUUGCAACAGAAGAGGGAUUUGAAACCGGAUCCUUCGGAGAAUGAAGAUUUGCAUGUUUUGGUGGAGGCUGAUACUGCGGAUGCGCUUGAAGCUGCGGCUGGUAUGGUGGAGAAACUCUUGCAGCCUGUGGAUGAGGUUUUGAAUGAGCAUAAGAGGCAACAGCUUAGGGAACUUGCUGCUUUGAAUGGAACCAUUAGGGAUGAAGAGUAUUGUCGGCUGUGUGGUGAACCUGGUCAUCGUCAAUAUGCAUGUCCUACAAGGACUUCAACGUUUAAGAGUGAGGUUGUUUGUAAGCAUUGUGGGGAUGGUGGUCAUCCUAGCAUAGAUUGUCCGGUGAAGGGUGCUACAGGGAAGAAGAUGGAUGAUGAGUAUCAGAAUUUCUUGGCUGAGUUGGGUGGUACUGUUCCUGAAUCUGCAACAAAGCAAACUAGUACUUUGGCAAUUGGGGCGGGCAGUUCUGGAAGCAAUCCACCUUGGGCUAACAACUCAGGUUCGGCUGGUAGUACACCACAUCCUGGUUUAGGGUCUGGUGCAGUUAAAAAGGAAAUUGAUGAUACAAAUUUGUACAUUGGAUAUUUGCCGCCCACUCUUGAGGAUGAUGGCCUGAUCCAAUUGUUUCAACAAUUUGGUGAGAUUGUUAUGGCCAAAGUUAUUAAAGAUCGAAUGACAGGGUUGAGUAAAGGAUAUGGUUUUGUGAAGUAUGCUGAUAUCACAAUGGCAAACAAUGCAAUUGUGGCUAUGAAUGGUUAUCGUCUCGAGGGCCGAACCAUUGCAGUGAGAGUUGCGGGUAAGCCUCCUCAGCCUGUUGUGCCUCCUGGCCCACCUGCGUCGGCUGUGCCCACUUAUCCUGUUCCAAGCCAGCCACUUGGCGCAUAUCCGUCCCAACAAUACACCGGCGGUGGUCCACUUGGGAGUGCUCCUCCUCCUCCUCCUCCUGGGAGUUACGGUGGUACUCCAGUCCCAUGGGGACCUCCUAUUCCUCAAUACAAUCCUUAUGCUCCUCCUCCACCUGGGUCAACUAUGUAUCCUCCUAUGCAAGGUCACCCUAUGCCUCCUUAUGGUGUUCAAUAUCCACCCAUGCCGACAGGUCCCCCCGGUGCCACACCCCCGCCUGCGACUUCUGGUGAAAUGCAGCAGAAUUACCCUCCUGGAGUGCAGUCUGAUAACAACACAUCUACUCAGUCUGUACAGACCAACAUGUAUGGGAACACUGUACCUUCAAUGCCACCAGCAGCUCCACCAACAUAUCCUGCAUCUUAUGGUUAUCCUCCUCCACCUUACUACAAUGCAGUUCCUCCACCACCUCCUCCUUCUGCCCCUACAGACCAAUCCCACAACAUUGUAAACCCCCCUUGGGCUAGCAACCAUUCCGCCCCACCUCCUCCUUCAUCUGCAGAUCAAUCCCAAAGCAUUGGAAAUGCACCUAUGCCUCCUCCUAACUCAUCGACGGAGAAGACAUCAUAUGGAGCUGAUUCAGAAUAUGAGAAAUUCAUGGCAGAGAUGAAGUGAUUUAGGUUCAUUUUCGAAAGGCCUGAUGUUUCUUGGAGCUCUUGUGAACCUGAUUUCCUAACCUCUUGCCAUGUCUUUCUUGGAAGUUUGGGACUCACAUCUUUAACCUUGCUGUACUGUUAUGAAAUUUGCAGAGAAUUCGAGCUGGAAGUUGAGACACAUUAACCUUGCUGUACUGUUAUAAAAUUUGCAGAGAAUUCGAGCUGGAAGUUGAGACACUAUCUUCAUAUAGCUGGGGGCAACAUCAAAUGCUUACGAUUGUUAUGAUAAUUAAUCUUUUUUAUUGUGUAGGACUUUAUACUCUGCAUUAAUUUCUGUGGCAUUUUAAUUUUUCACACCGUAAUGUCUGGUUGCUAAUGUUUCUUUUUGAAAGCUUGUUUGAACUUUAUGGCAGCUGGCACCUGGUGUUUUUUGUUUAUGUUCUUCUAUUGUCACUUUCAGUUGAUUUUGUUUGUUCGAAAUUGAUUCUAACUUUUGAUGAUGUCCUUUAAUCUUUUGUUUGAGGACUAAUUCUCUCAUUCUCUUAAUUGUUUGGUGCUGAAGCUGCCUUUUUGAUGCCUUUAAUCACGCAUCUCAUCCCGAAGGUAAUUGUGCCUUGCUAUUUAUUUUAGGCAUUUCGGGUUGGUAUAAGAGAUUUGGCUUUUAACAAUUCGUGUGUGACAGGUAUAAAAGACUUCCAAAUGAAUUUUUGUUUCUGUCAUGAUAAAUGUCCGACUUCGGUGGUGUUUUUAUUUUGCCUAUAAUUAAUUUUCUUAGCUGACAAGGUGUUAUUAUGAGCACCAAGUUAUUGUAUCGUGGUACAGGAAAUUAUCAAGUUUCUGAUUUGUUUCUGAAGUGAUCAUAGGUCCUGUGGACACCAUCGAUGUUUUGGGCAUUUAAUGAAGGCUGAGGUGAAAAUCUUUGUUGGUAGUGUGUGCUGUCCACUUGUGAUUCGUUUAGAUGUGUUUCUGGGUGAAGAUAGGAUAAAUGAUCAUACAAUUUGAGUUUGUAGAAUUUUACCCACGUUUUCCUGUUAAUACCGGCUCUUUUUAAAAAAAAAUUAAAACUAACAAUUCUGUUGUAUUGUGGUUAGGGAAGUUUCUAAGUUUUCUAAUAAAAUACUGGAGCUUACUAGUUCACAAA